AUGCUUUGGAGUGACCUUGGCCUGGGGAUUUUCUCCCUCUUGCAGACAGGCAUCGGGCUCCUGGGAAACUCAGCAUUACUAAUAGUGUAUGUCAAGGGCUUCAUUUCCCAGACCCAGAGAAAGAAGCCCACAGACCUGAUCCUCAGCCACCUGAUUGUAGCCAAUACAGUUACACUCCUCACCCAGGGAACCCUGGCAUCGAUGUUGACCUUUCAGAUGGAGAAUCACAUGGAGGAAAAUGGCUGCCGGGUCAUUCUGUACAUCCGGAGAGUGUCCCGGGGCCUGUCCAUCUGCACCACCUGCCUUCUGAGUGUGUUCCAAGCUGUCACCAUCAGUCCCAGCACCUCUCUCUGGGCCACAAUCAAAUACCGUGCACCCAACUACAUCCUCCCCUCCUUUCUCUUCUUUUGGAUCCUCAAUCUCUUGAUGUACACAGAUCUACUAAGGGUGGAAGUUGCUACCAAAAAUGUAAACAUCACGGUUAAGAGUUGUAAUAUCAAAUACUGUUUCAAUAUUUUCUGGAUGCAUUAUUUAAAUUAUGAGACUUUUCUAAGUGCCAUAACUCUUCGAGAUGUCCUCUUUGUGCUCCUCAUGAGCUGGGCCAGCUGUUACAUGGUGACCGUGCUCUACCGACACCGCAAACAAGUUCAGCACAUCCACAGCACCAGCAGCUCCUCCAAAUCCUCUGCAGAAACUAGAGCCACCCACACCAUCCUGCUCCUGGUCUCCUGCUUCGUUUGCUUUUACUGGAUCAACUGCAGCAUUAACCUGGCCUCCAGUUUUCUGGAAGAAGAUGACUUCCGGCUGAAUAACACUGCAACGUUUCUGGGGGCCUGUUACCCCUCCGUGUGCCCCCUGGUGCUAAUCAACAGUGAACCACGUGUCCCCAAGAUCCAGUGUGUCCUUGAGAAGGGGAGAGGCUUCUUCUUUACUCUCAUUCAGUUCCUUGCCUUAUUUUCCACCCAAGAUCCCUCAAUGAAGGAUCCGAUCAGAGGGGAGAAGAAACAAGUUCUGAGAAAAGGAUCUUAA